UCCGGUGCUACUUCCCCUCUGCCACCGGCGUCGCGGGGCUACUGCGUCCCCUGUCCUGUCGUCUGUCAUGGGGUGCCCCCUCCUUGCCACCUGCCUCUGGGUGCUGUGUCACCUCCUGAGCCACCUCCCCCCCACCGAGGGUGACCAGACAGCGUCCUGUGGUCCCCACUUCUGCUCCAUCAACAGCUGCUGCCUGGGUCGUCACAAGAUGGGGGACCAGAGCGAACCCUGGGUUUGUGGGUGCCCCCCCGGCAUGGCCCCCACCCCCCAAAACUCUUCCACCAUCUCCUGCCAGGAGUUUGGUCCCAAACCGGAGUCCACCUGUACCAUCCCCAGUCUAGAGGAAGCCAGGAAGGCGUGCAGGGACAACAAGACCCUGCCGGCGGCCACCCGCUGCGCCCAUCUGCAGGCCACCCAGGAGCACCUGACCACUGCCUGCACCCACGCCACGGAGGAGAACCUGCAGGCCGUGCUGGAGCAGAUAAAGAGAGUCACGCAUCACUACUCCACCACCCUAGCCAUAGACCUGCUGCUGCAGAGCACCGAAGCCGUGGUGCUGCAGAUGGCCCUCAAAGGCCCUGGCUCCAGCACCCAAAACUUCAACAUCUCCACCGUGGAGGCUACGGUGGAGGUGGUGCACGACAACUGCCCCCGGACCACGCUGGUGCUGGCGGUGGGCGAGGAGAACCUGACCAUCAGCUGCCAUGAGGUGGUGAGCCAUACCCAGGCAGGCAAGCACGUGGUGGCCUUCAUCGUCUACAAGGAGCUGCUGAGCAGCAUCAUGGAGCUGCACCAGGGAAAGCUCAACUCCCACGUAGUCAGCGGCACCGUGGGGAAAACUGGCGUCACCUUUGAUGCCACCUUCAACAUCACCCUGCAGCACCGCACGGCGCUGCGGGCGGGUGAGGAGCCGCGCUGCAUGUCCUGGCAGCUGAUGGGCACCGAAGGCCGCUGGACGCCCUCAGGCUGCACCCGUGUCGGGGGUGACACCCUCCACUCCAUCUGCGCCUGCAACCACUUCUCCGCCUUCGCCAUCCUCACAGCCAUCCACCCCAUCACGGACAGCUUCGCGCUGACGGUGGUGACCUACGUGGGGAUGUCGGUGUCGCUGGUCUGUCUCUUCCUCGCCAUCGUCACCUUCCUCCUGUGCCCCUCACUCUGGAGUGUCAGCGUGACCCUUCACCUGCAGCUCAGCAUCUGCCUCUUUGCUGCCAACCUCCUCUUCCUCGUGGCCAUGCCCCACACUGCCAAUGGGCCGGCGUGCGCCAUCACGGCAGGCUUUCUCCACUACCUCUUCCUUGCCUGCUUCGCCUGGAUGUUCCUGGAGGGUUUGCAUCUCUUCCUCACUGUCAGGAACCUGCGUGUCCUCAACUACACCAGUGCCAGUCGCUUCAGGAAAAGAUACAUCUACCCCGUGGGCUACGGCGUGCCGGCCAUCGUGGUGGCUGUCUCUGCCGCCGUCCAUCCUGAUGGCUACGGCACCAAGCACUACUGCUGGCUGAGCACGGAGGGAGGCUUCAUCUGGAGUUUCCUCGGCCCUGUCUGUGUCAUCAUCCUGGUUAAUUUGCUAUUUUUUCUCACCACCCUCUGGACGCUGCGGGACAAACUCUCCUCCCUCAAUGCUGAUGUCACGGCUCUAAAAAACACCCGGCUGAUGACGUUCAAGGCGCUGGCGCACAUCUGCAUCCUGGGCUGCACGUGGGGUCUGGGCUUCCUGCAGGCGCGGGGGGACAAUAUAGCGGUGGCCUUCAUCUUCACCAUCGUCAACAGCCUGCAGGGAGCCUUCAUCUUCCUUGUGCACUGCGUCCUCAACCGGCAGGUGACGGAGCAGUACCAGCGCUGGUUUAGGGCGCUGGGGCGAAGAGCACACCCCCAGGAGAUGCCCACCACGGAGAUACAUGUCACCUAUGUCAUGGAAGGGGAAAGGCCGCAGAGCCACAGCACCGAGGGCUGCACGUGGGAGAAGUGACAGCGGGUGCCCCCCAGGAUCGACCCAUUUCCGGCACAUCCAACCCAUUUCCAGCAGUUUUCCGGUGCAUCCAACCCAUUUCCAGCUAUUUUCCAGCGCAUCUGACCCACUUCCAGCAUAUUUCCUGCAGAUCCAACCCAUUUUCCCAGUUUUCCUGCUGAUUUGACCCAUUUCCAGCAUUUUUUUUUUCCUGCAGAACAACCUGUUUUUAGCAUUUUCCCCACAGGUCCGACCUGUUUUCAGCAUUUUCCUGCCGAACAACUCAUUUACAGUAUUUUUCCCACGUAUCUGACCCAUUUUCCAGCAUUUUCCCCAAGAAAUGACCAAUUUCCAGCAUUUUCCUCUGGAAUCAAUCCGUAUUCAGCUGCUUCCUCCCCCAGGAUCGACCCAUUUCCUGCAUUUUCCUGUGGCAUGACCAUUUUCCAGCAUUUUUCCUGCAGAUUUGACCCAUUUCCAGCGUCUUCUCCAAAGAAACAACCAAUUUCCAGCAUUUUUCCUGCAGAUUUGACCC